AUGUCGAAUGAAAAGCGAUCCAAUACGUUAUUAAACUACAAUUUUUCUUCCAAAAAAAUGCGUACUGCUACUGAAAAUUCAACACAAGAUUCGAAUACACCUGCAAUUAGUGCAAUUACAACUACAACAACUAAUGAUGAUUCUAGUUUAUUUUUAUCCAGUGAUUCUGAAGAUUUAGGCCAGGUGAGUGAUGAAGUUAAUUUUAAUGCCGAAACUUGUGUUAUUUUACGUUAUAAAUAA